ACUCACAAAGCGCAGCUCGCCGCGGCGGAGAGCUGCACACACACACGCACACACACGCACACAGCCGCCGGACCGACCGACCGACCGCGUGUGUUGACGGAGCGUCAGCUGCGAAGAGCCGAGCGAAGGAAGAGCCGAGCGAAGAGCCGAGCGAAGCGCACAAACAAACGGAGACACUCCGCUCAACUUCUCCGCGGACGGACGCUUAUUCGGGUGCUCUGGUAGCCAUGGCCGAACAUAUGAUGAUGUCCAUGAGCCACGGUUCAGCUGGUGGGAGCCUCCAUGGUUUCAGGAUGGGGAUGAACACGCCUCCCCAACACAACGGCCAGCCUGGUCUGCGCAGCCUGUCCAAUGGCCAGGUCAUGUAUGGCCGCACACCCCAGAACAGCAUGGAGGCAGCCAUGAGACAAAGAGCGGCCAUGGUGGGGCCUGGAGGGAUGGCCGGCCAGGUGAAUGGAUCUCCCAUGGCCGGCCACCACCACCAUCACCAGAUGAUGUCUGGGAACAUGAUGUAUAACGGUCAGAGCCAGCAGCACCACCACCACAUGCACCCCCAGCAGCAGCAGCAGCAACAGCAGCAGCAGCAGCAGACGGGACACCCCCAGCAGUACCUUCCUGGGAACAUCCCUUCCCAGCAGCUCAUGGCCAGUAUGCAUCUGCAGAAACUCAACACCCAGUAUCACGGACAUCCGCUCGGGCCCGGCAAUGGCCACCACCUGCCCAACGGUGGACAGUACCGCAUGAGCCCAGCCCAGCUGUCGGGUAUGCAGCACAUGGGCGCUCCGCUGAGUUUAAAUGGCAUGGACAUGGACCUGAUCGACGAGGAGGUGCUGACAUCGCUAGUGCUGGAGUUGGGUCUUGACCGUGUUCAGGAGCUGCCCGAGCUCUUCCUAGGACAGAACGAGUUUGACUUCAUCUCGGACUUUGUGUGCAAACAGCAGCCGAGCACGGUCAGCUGUUGAGCGGUGGAGUGUCCACGAGAGGGACGGUACCGGGUUAGCUUCGGGGUGUCCUGACCGGGCACCCCCAAAGAAUGACUCAACAGCUAAGAGCAGCACAGCGAGAGGAGACAAUCUUUGUUCUGUGUGGGUGUUUCUGUGUCUGUGUAUGUGACCGUGUCUAGCGGGCCUGCAAUAUGGGCCUGCCCGUGAGUCCUUUGAAGAAUUGUAAUGAAAGGAAAAAGAGCACCAGAUGUCUUUGUUGAGCUGGUUUUAAUAAGAUCUGUGGUGUUUGACGAGAUUGGGACAUUCUGAUGCGGUGAUCCCGUCUGUACCCAUCUGACAUCCAGCACCUGUGCCUGCAGUGUCACGGCUUUGGGGUGAUUGUAAACCUGCU